GCCGGCAGGGCGGGGCGCGCGGCGCGAGGUGAGGCCCCGCGUGCUGGACGCCAGGGGAGCGCUUUCCUAGGAGUCAUCACCCAGCCGUCAUCCGGACUUGCUUUGCGCCCGGAGGCCAGACAGCCAGAGCCCCGACGGCCCGGGGGCCCGAAGAGUAGUAGGACUCAGGCUGCUCGCGGGGCCGGGCCAUGGCGCUCGACUUCCUGGCUGGAUGCGCUGGAGUACAGGCUAACCUCUGACUCCAACAUCCCCUGAGCCUCCUGUGGUGUCAAGCUUUGGGACGGUGAUGUACAGUUCCCAGGGGACGUAACACCUCAGGGAGCUGCAGGGGAAGGCAGAGGACACAGCUUUGAGUCAAGCAGGUGCUGGCUGCUCCUUGUUACCAGAGGUGUGGCAGGUGUGCUUGUGGGACACCCAUUUGACACAGUCAAGGUGCGGCUGCAGGUACAGAACAUGGAGAAGCCCCAGUACCGAGGGACUCUGCACUGCUUCCAGGCCAUCAUCAAGCAGGAGAGUGUGCUUGGCCUGUAUAAAGGCCUGGGCUCACCACUAAUGGGGCUCACCUUUAUCAAUGCCCUGGUGUUUGGGGUGCAAGGCAACACCCUUAGGGCCCUGGGUCAAGACUCCCCACUCAAUCAGUUCCUGGCUGGUGCAGCAGCAGGUGCCAUUCAGUGUGUUAUCUGCUGCCCCAUGGAACUGGCCAAGACAAGGCUGCAGCUGCAGGAUGUGGGCCCUGCUCGAACCUACAAGGGCUCCCUGGACUGCCUGGUACAGAUUUACCGGCACGAGGGCCUGCGUGGCAUCAACCGAGGCAUGGUGUCCACCCUUCUGCGCGAAACGCCUAGCUUUGGUGUCUACUUCCUUACCUACGACGUACUGACGCGUGCCAUGGGCUGCGAGCCAGAUGACCGCCUGCUGGUGCCCAAGCUGCUGCUGGCGGGGGGCACGUCAGGCAUCACAUCUUGGCUCUCCACCUAUCCUAUGGACGUGGUUAAGUCACGACUGCAAGCCGAUGGGCUGCGAGGAGCCCCUCGCUACCAUGGCAUUGUCGACUGCAUGCGGCAAAGCUACCAGGCUGAGGGCUGGCGAGUCUUCACACGAGGGCUGGCCUCCACGCUGUUGCGUGCUUUCCCGGUCAAUGCUGCCACCUUUGCCACAGUCACUGUGGUGCUUACAUAUACCCGGGGUGCAGAGGCCCAGCUAGACAGUGAGGCAGUUCCGGGCACUCCUGCCACCCCUGCUGGACCUGCUCUGGCCCAGCCUUCCAGUCUGUGAUGCUGGCCAUCUCACCAACCCCCAGGGCCACGUUGCUGAAACUUGACACAGAUAAUGUGGCUCCUCAGCCAGUCUCCUUGCUCCUUGGCUGGUGAUACCAGCUAGGCUAUACCCCACUGACCUCCUAUUUUCUUAGCUGUAAAAUGGGGACUUUUCCUCAUACAUGGUACAUUCGGGAAGCCUGGCUAAGUCUACACUCUGUAGACAGCACUACCAAGAAGAAUCUCCCAAGUCCUACACUCCAGGCUCUCUGCUGAGCCAACUGUAACAAGCUGGCCAAGGACCCACCCAUUCCCCAAAUCUUCCAUCCAUAGAGUCCCAGGAAGAUACUUGGCCACCUCUUAACAUUAGGGGGGCAGAGGACAGUGUAGUGUGUCCCUGGCGAUUCUCAGCUGCUGCCCUUUAACUGCAGAUGGGGGCUGGGGACCUGGCACCAAACAUGUUGAAGAUCCUGCCCAUGCGGGUCCUGCAUGGGGAGCAGAUAGGCUGCUGGCCUCAGUGUCUCCACAGUGAAAUUGUGUGACAGCUGUGGCAAGAGGAAGUCGUCUCAUCCCUGGGCCUCUCGCUUCCUGUCUGUAAAAUGGGGAGCGGGGUCAGCCCAUGUCUGACUCACUACUGCCAGCCAGGAUUCCCAAUCGUGGGUAGGCAGGAUGGGCAGAGGGCCCAAGAGAGCACAGUGUGGGAUUGCUCCACUUCCCAGUACAUCUUUUCUGGGCAUUCUCGCUUGGUGCCUGUGCCCCUGGUCUUGACACCAGGUAGAGUGUAACCAGUUUGGGUCCACCCAGGCAGGGGACUGUGCCCUCCAGCUGGAUGUCACUGUUGUACAGGACCCUCUAAAGGAAUAAAGUCUUGUUUUCUAAGUG